GUUUUUUAAAUGAACGGCAGAUAAUCAGACGGUUUUACAAAAUACCGCCAUGGCAUUACCAUUUCUACCCGGGAAUUCCCGAGAUAGACAGCUGGGGAAGGACAGGUUCCACAAAUCCCAACAUUUUGAUUAUUCCAACGGAGUCGCUUUGCUGGUGGGAACCGAGAAGCCGGGCAUCGGAGGAGAGCUGCUACUCGGCCAGGAGAUCAAACCAAAGUUUUCUGUCUACCCCAAAGGAGAGGGCAGCGAUCUACCUGCAUGGGUGGCCUUCGACAAACAGGUGUUAUGUUUUGAAGCGUUCUGUCAGGAAGCUGAGACCCAGGCCCGAGAUGAGAAGUACAGAAUCAGGAAGUUUAAGAUCUUCUUCUUCCUGGAGGACGACACCAUGCAGGUGGUGGAGCCGGAGAACAAGAACAGUGGCAUCCCUCAUGGAACCUUGAUCCGUCGGCAGCGUGUCCCCCUGCCCCCCCCAGAUGAUGACCAGUUCUACAACAUUUUCCAUUUGAACCUGAACCAACAGAUGGUGCUGCACGCGCGCACUUUCACUGUGACCAACUGUGACUCCUUCACCAGGAACUUCCUCACUAAACUGGGGGUGAUCCUGAAUAACCCCGCCACUGCACCUGAUGACCCGCACAGCUGCCUGCUGGAUAAGAUUGAAAAGAGUAUGACGCCCCUGCGACCGUACGAGAGGCGAGACACUCUGAAACAGUUCCUGGACCACGACCGUGAAGUCCUGCGCUUCAGCUGCUUCUGGGACGACUCUGAGAGCGUGUUCGGAGACCCCCACCAACUCAUCCUGCACUACUACCUGUCCGACGACACCGUGGAGAUCCUGGAGACAAUCACCCCCAACUCCGGCAGGGAUAACCCAGCAAAGUUCCUCCACCGCAGCAAACUACCCAGGCAUUCAGCCAUGAUGAAGCAGCCGGGACAGAUGACGGACCGCACAGUGCUCAACGUGUUCGACUCCAACAAUCAGGGAAAACGCUACUUACUGGACAGCCUCAAAACUGGAGCUUUGCAGGAUGACUGCUAUGUGGACAGUGAUCUGAGGGUGGGGGGGGAAGUGAACGUGUGGGGAAGGAGGGUGAUCAUCACCGACUGUGACGACUUCACCAAAGAGCACUACCGCUCCAAAUACGGCAUAGAGGAGUUCACCCCGCUGCAGUACAAAGGCCCCGUGGCCCCGAAGCCCCCCCGCCCGGUGCCCCCCUACAACGGCUUUGGAUCGGAGGAGGACUCGCUGAGCUCCUGCCAGCGUCUGCUGCCCAAACCCCCGCAGAAAGACUUCCGCAAGUUCAUGGACAAAGACAGAUGUGGCUUAGAAAGCAAUAUUUUGAAUUUCCGUGCCAAGACGGUGACCAGCGACCCAGUGGACAGAGAGCGAGUGUUCGUCAUCUCCUUCUACCUCAGCGACGACUCCAUCAGUGUGUUUGAGCGCGCUCAGAAGAACUCAGGUGUGCUUGGUGGUAAGUUCCUGGAGCGAGGCCGUGUAAAGAAGCCGGGCCAGCAGCUGUUCAAGAGCCAGCCGUCCGAGUACUUCACUCCUCAGGAUCUGUACGUGGGAGCGACCCUCGUCCUCAACGAAAAGCCCUUCAAACUCCUGGACGCCGAUGAGUACACCCUCAACUACAUGGAGAAACAUGCUGAGGAGUUCCCCAAAGCCAACGUGGGAAACAUCCUGAGUAAACUGCGGUCCAUCGGGGAGGAGAAACGGAGCGAGAUCAGGAAGUUCCUGGCGCUCAGCGACCCCAGCAAAACCGGCUUCAUCCCCUAUGAGUCGUUCAGGGUCCUGAUGUCGGGUCUGGACUGCGUUCUGUCGGAUCACGAGGUUCUGGUUCUGGCCCGGUGUUUCUCACAGAGCGAACAGCAGGAGGCCGACGUGGGUCUGAUGCUGGCCGUGGCCCAGGACAUCCUGAGGAAGAAGCAGUUUGAAGAUCUGCCCCACAUGGCCAGAAACUUCCUGCACUGCGACUGGCACAAGACGGGGCGUCUCUCCAGCAAAGAGGUGAGAAGCAUCUGUAAAGCCUCUCAUCUCCCCCUGCCAGAGAGCCUGCUCACAGCUCUGCUCAGCAA